AUGUCCUUUGCGAUGCUGCGCCAUGCCCCACCUGCCCGCUUCCUAUACCCCGACAUCAGUAUGCUUUCCGACGACGAUGACAGCGGCAGCGACAGUUCAGAGUGCGGCGAUAAAGCUUUUCAUCACUCGAUGGACAGGGGCAUCAAGACAGGAGACAAGAAGUGUUCACGACUGCAUCGGGAACCGCGACAACGCCACACGGCCAACGCCCGCGAAAGGGACAGGACGAACAGCGUCAACAACGCCUUCACAGCCCUGCGCACGCUUAUUCCCACGGAGCCCGCAGACCGCAAGCUGAGCAAAAUAGAGACUCUACGCCUGGCAUCGAGCUACAUCUCCCACCUAGGAAAUGUAUUACUACUGGGAGAAACUUGUGGAGACGGCCAGCCUUGCCACACCAGCGCUCCCUACUACCAGCAUCACCCAACCACUACCAGCCCCAAACACCGAGACACCGAGCCAGGCCAGCCCAAGCAGAUCUGCACCUUCUGCCUCAGCAACCAAAGGAAGCUGGGAAAGGACAGAGAGAGGAAGACAGCGAUCAGAACCUAA